AUGUCCGAUCCAGAUUCUUUGACCAACUGCCGCUUCUAUGAAGGAAAAUAUCCGGAAGUGGACAGUUUCGUGAUGGUGAAUGUGAAGCAGAUAGCGGAAAUGGGGGCCUACGUCAAGCUACUCGAAUACGACAAUAUCGACGGCAUGAUUCUCCUUUCAGAACUCUCGCGAAGACGUAUCAGGUCAAUACAGAAGCUCAUCAGAAUCGGCCGAAAUGAGGUGGUGGUCGUGCUCAGAGUGGACAAGGAGAAAGGAUAUAUCGAUCUGUCGAAACGAAGAGUGUCUGCUGAAGAUAUUGUCCGAUGUGAAGAAAGAUACAACAAAAGCAAGUCGGUCCAUUCGAUCAUGCGCCAUGUAGCCGAGAAGACGAAGACUCCCAUCCUGAAGUUGUAUGAGGAGAUUGGCUGGCCACUCAACCGAAAAUACGGGCACGCCUAUGAUGCGUUCAAGCUGUCGAUUACGAACCCAGAGGUGUGGAACGAUGUCGUAUUUCCGAACGAUGUUGUCAAGGACGAGUUCCACUCAUAUAUCGGCAAGAAAUUGACGCCGCACCCGACAAAAGUACGUGCGGAUGUGGAGGUGACAUGCUUCAAGUACGACGGUAUCGAUGCCGUGAAAGACGCCUUGAGGACAGCAGAGGCCAGGAACAACCCUACCACCCAAGUUAGAGUGAAGCUGGUGUCUCCGCCACAUUACGUCUUGACCAGUCAGUGUCUUGACAAGAAUCAAGGUAUUGAUCUACUAGAACAGGCAAUCAAGGAUAUCGAGGAGAGCAUCGAAAAGGCUGGGGGCAGCUGUGUGGUCAAGAUGGCUCCCAAAGCUGUGACCGAACACGACGACGCCGAGCUGCAGGCACUGAUGGACAAACGGGCCAAGGAGAACGAGGAAGUGAGCGGUGAUGAAGACGUGAGCGAGAGUGACGAGGCCCCCGAGGUCGCAUAA